AAGAAGUGAAAGUAAAAGUAAAAACUUGUGAAAAUUGCUGACACACAUUCACACACAGAGAGAGUCAGAUAGUACUUAUAUAUUUCAGAUUCAGCCUUGUCCUCGUCUCCUGUGUCCUCUGUCCAAAGAUGCUGCACAGUCUAAAGCCCAGUGAUCCACAGGCUGGAGGAUUCUGCUUCGAGAACAGCCGCAGGAACACUGUGCUGGAGUCCAGCCUGUCAGAACUCGGCUACAAAGCUCCCAAUGCCAGAAAAACAGGCACCACCAUCACCGGGAUUGUUUUCAAGGAUGGAGUGAUCCUAGGAGCAGACACCAGGGCCACAGACGACAUGGUGGUGGUCGACAAAAACUGCCUGAAGAUUCAUUACAUUGCCCCGAGUAUCUACUGCUGUGGCGCCGGCGUUGCGGCGGACGCUGACGUCACCACACAGAUCAUGGCGUCCAACGUGGAACUGCACAUGCUGAAUACCGGGCGGCCGCCCCUCAUUGCCAUGGUAAUCCGACAGCUGAAGCAGAUGCUGUUCAGGUACCAGGGUAACAUCGGUGCGUCUCUGAUAGUCGGAGGAAUCGAUGUGACUGGGCCUCAGCUGUACAGCGUUUUCCCACAUGGUUCCUAUGACAAGCUGCCCUUCCUCGCCUUGGGCUCUGGAGCUGCUGCUGCUAUCUCAGUGUUGGAGGACAGAUUCAAAGCAAACAUGGAGCUCAAGGAGGCUAAGCAGCUCGUACGAGACGCCAUCGCUGCAGGGAUUUUCUGUGACCUGGGCUCCGGCAGCAACGUGGACUUGUGUGUCAUCACCGAGGCCGGAGUGGAGCACCUGCGAAGCUACGAUGUACCCGGGGUCAAGGGAAAACGGGAGGGGCAGUACCGGUACAAACCCGGCACCACAGCCGUUCUGACCAAAACAGUGACCCCGCUCACUCUGGACGUGGUCGACGAGUCUGUAAAGGUCAUGGACACAGAGUGACCGACGACAAAUUGGAUAAAAAUCCAGUCCAUGUAUCGUAAUUAUAUGAUUAAUGAGUAGUUUAAUGUUGUAGUUUUGUAAUAAAGCCUCUUGUUUA